AGUAAAGGUGUAUGCCAGCACGUCCAGCCUUGUCACCGGCUCUUCCCGUCCACUCGUACAUACGAUCCUCUUCCUGGCCAUUCACAUUCCUCAUACAGGGAAUGCUCACUUGAGCCCUUCCACUUCAGCCCCUUUGCCAGCAUCAAGCCAUUCACAUGUGGAGUCAGAUUCUAGUCUGGGGCCAUUUUGGUUCCACCAGAAUCCUGCCAUACAUAUUGCCUCCGUCUUUAUCCAUACCCAGUUCUCCCAGUGCUAGCCACUCCUUUUACUCCCAGAAGCAUGCUUUGGAGGACAGCAACCAGCACUCCGGCUGUGGCUCUGGUUUAUGGGCUGCCGUAGGGAAGGCCAGGCUGAACUGAGAAAGACAAGUGGGGAUGACCUUGGCCGACUUCUGGGUAGGAGCCCUUGGCAAGGCAAGCCAGUGUUGAGUGUGACUGAAUUCCCAGUCUAGUCUCCCUAUAGUCUCAGGCCUCUGGGGACAAUGUUUAGGCCUUCCCGUGAAGGGCUGUCUGUCUUGGUUCCUAUAUCUCAGCCAUCCAGUUCAUCAACACAGCCUCCCAAGAUAGAGCCAAACGAAGCCCACUUGAUCUCUGGAGCCUCCUAGGAGUAAGUGUUCCUUAACAAGGUCACCUGAUGUGCUAGGUCCUUCCUCAGCCUGUCCUACAUGAAGUCCUGUGGACACUCCCAGGAGCCUCAGCAGUAAAGAACUGGUUCCAUUCACUCCACCAUAAGACCAUUGGGCAACCCAGGGCAUAGUAUGGGAGGCCUCUAACUUGCUCCUGGUUUGGGGGGGGGGGUGAGGUUCUGGUCCUGCUACAACCUAACCAGCAUUGAUUAGAGAAGCAAAAGGCCUAAUCAGAAGAGUGCCCAGUGGAUGUGGUCUUCUGGCUGUCAGAACCACCUCCGUGCAGUCUCAGAGAGUAGGGCCCCAUGAGAGAACAUGUAUGAAUUAGCAGGGCCACGUUAAGGAUGCACUGUGACAGCUGUGCUUACUUAGCAGCAGAAUGGCUGUUUCUGGUUUCAGCCUAGACUGUGUGAGAGUUAACAGGCAGCAGGCCUUCCUCCCCGGCUCCUAAGAUCCUCAGAAGCAUACACUGAACUCCUGCCCCGGGUCUCUUUCCUAGUGAUUGGGUGCUACGCCUCCACUUGCUCUUGACCAGGGAUUCUAGAUCAACCUUUUGGGACCGGUGGGAUGCAAAGACAGACAUCGCUGGAUGUUCACAUCAGCAGUCAGCCCCUAAGUGCUUCUGGUAGCCACUCUAGCACCUGUAGGUGUUCAGCUUCUGCAGUUUAGCAUCAAUUCUGAUCAGGAAUAAGGAAAGAGGGUCAGAGAUAACCUUGUGUACCUAGGACAGCAGGCAUCUAGGAGUGCGGGGUUUACCUAUUUGGAGCUCAGGGAUGAAAUGACAGGCAAGUAAGGAGGUGUUCCUAACAGAGGCACCAACAUUUAGAAGGAGAAACUGAUAUAACUGUUCUACGGUGAAACUGGCAGAGUCCACAAGUCCAGGGAUUUUUCAACCUCCAGAUAAAAUUACAGCAGGCAAGUCCCUUAGAGCUGCAAUCUGAUGAGGUCAUAUUGUAGUUAGAGUGAAACCCCCUAUUUCACUAGUGUGAUUUCUGGGUUGGAGAAAGAAACUAGUCCUAACCUGAGGUGUUCAGAGAGGCCUGAGCCCAUAGAAGGCAAAGUGGAUAGCAUUCCUUAGGGGUGAGAAGAGACGCCAGACGCCAGAGUAGUUUAAGCCCUAAGCCAGCGAUAGACCAAACCCAAUGAGCUUACCUUAGGAGAGUGCAGGGCCUCGUGUCCACCUUGAAGGCCUUUAUCUAACCAACAGAUAAAAAAAUAAUAAAGGGAUUCUCCUGGGGGCUCCACAGUUGAGAAACCUAUCUACCCGCAGUGGAGCUUUGUCCUGGGGUGCAGACACCAUCAUGGCCACACGAUGGCAGCAGAGAACCACUAAUGGCCACUCCUACGGCCAAGUGGAUUGGUCAAAGCCAUCCAAAUGUGUUAGGUCUACCCGCAGUGCCCAGAAAUGUCUCACAAUCUCUGGAGGAAAGACAACAUUCACAAGAGCCCCUGUCUGGACGCUGUGUGGAGCGUAUUUCAGUUUUCUCUGCAUGACUAUCUUUAGACAUGUUGACUAUGGAAUGCUGGAAGGGUGCCAUGGCUGGCUUUGGGUUAUUUAGUUAUUUCUGGGCUGGGCCGUCCUACCCUGGGGAUGGAGGAAGAGCACAAACUGUAUUGGGAGCAUGCAUUAAGCCCAAGCUCUUGGUGGCCCUUGAGAUGCUUCUUCCGAAGGCUGGAUAUAAAAGGCCUUCUUUUAUACAAUACAGAGAGGAUUAGCAUGGCCUUGUGCAAGGAUGACACACAGGGGGGGUUGGGGAUUUAGCUCAGUGGUAGAGCGCUUGCCUAGUGCCCUGGGUUCAGUCCCCAGCUCCAAAAAAAAAAAAAAAAAAAAAAAAGGAUGACACACAGAUCUGUGAAGUGUUCCAUAUUUUUUUUUUUGAUGGUUUUAAAUGAUGCUUUAAGAAAAAAAGCUGGGAGGCUGGAGAGAGAGCUCAGUGGUUAAGAGCACUGACUGCUCUUCCAGAGGUCCUGAGUUCAAGUCCCAGCAACCACGUGGUGGCUCACAACCAUCUGUAAUGAGAUCUCAUGCCCUCUUCUGGUGUGUCUGAGGGCAGCAACAGUGUACUGAUAUAUAAUAAAUAAAUCUUAAAAAAAAAAAAAAAAGAAGCUGGCCACGAUGGCACACACCUUUAGUCCUACUUGGAAGGCUGAAGCAGGUGGAUCUCUGAGUUCGAGGCCAGUCUGGUCUACAAAGUGAGCUCCAAGACAGCCAGGACUGCACAGAGAAACUCUGUCUCUAAAUAACAAAACAAAACAAACAAAAAAUAGUCAUCCUAGGAUAAUACCAUCUCAACUCUGACAGGACGAAGGGGAGAUGAGGCAUUCACUAAGGCCAUGUUAGAAAGGGGAAGGAGGCGGUGAAGUUUGUCCUGGGUGGGGAGUAGAAAAGGUAGAAUUCCCCAGGCCAGACUGAAUCCUGUUAAACUCCUCCCUCCCCAGCUCUCUUGUCCUCUGCUACCCUGGGACUCACAACUGCCUAUGGCCACCCUGUGAAGAGUCCUCUCGAGCCCAGGUUCACUAACUAAGGAAGCUGCCUGGCUAAGAAUACCUCUUCCUCCUCAGGUAUUAAGAAGGUCCUCUUGCCACCAGACAGCGGCUGAGGCCCAAGUAAGGGAGACUCUCUCACUAACCCAUCCUGGAAAGAGGGCUCUGAAUUCCUAGGCGAGCGCUCUACCACUGAGCUAAAUCCCCAACCCCGGGGCUCUGAAUUCCAACCAACUAGAACUACAUCUCGUUUCAGAGACAUCGUGCCCACAAAGCAGGGUUCGGAGCAGAUCAGAGGUGUCCUGGAAAUCAUAGAGGUGCCCUCUCCCAUAUGGGGACACUGGAGGAGAGGCAUUUACCACCGUCACCCUCCCCUCCUGUCUUAUAUACGAUUUUCACAUCCUGGGGCCACAGUGACAGGAUUAGAGCCAGAGGGCUAGGUCUUCACAGAAGUUGCCUCUAACUAUUAUGCCCUCCCCUCCCCGGGAAAGGGGGCGGAGUGUGUGUCAGACUCCAUUAACCCUAUGGCUCUUGGCAGACAGAACACAACACACCUUCCCCUGACACGUCUCAAAAAUGGGCACAUGGAAAGAUGAUUUCCUUUUUGGAGCCCCCCACAUCACUCUGUCUUGUGUAUUCCUGGUCUCCGUUCCCCACAUGAUGGACUGGUGCCUGACGGUGUUCAAGGAGCCAGAUUGUCCUGCAGCGUUCUAACCUCAACCAGGUGGAUUAUGGGGGAAUAGGAUGGUGUAGGAAUACCCCUUCCCUAGUCACUACAACAGCCUUCUCACAGCUGAAAAGAGUCAGACGGAGCUGGAAAGAAAGCAGGGCCUCCAACAGGGCUCCGCCCUAGCCCCACCCCCAAUCCUGCCGCACCCACAGGGCCCACCUCUCUUCGACUUUGAUCCAAGUAGCUGCGGCAGCGGCAGCUAGAAGCAGCAGCUGGGGCCCCAGGUGAAGUGAUCGUGCCAUUGUCGUGCCCGUGAGUCCACAGCCAGGUGCUCAGACCACAGGGCAGAGAGAAAAGUUGGGUUUGCCAGGGACCAGGGCAGUGGGUCAGCUGCCAAGGAGCUUUCAGUGCCGCUGCUUAACGCUGGUCUCAGCUCGGACCCAGAGUCUGGUUCAAUCAAGUCCUGGACCUUCUGGGAUUCCCAAGAGGCCCCAGCUCAAUGGGGCUGCUUCUGCCGCUGCUACAGGCCUCUCUACUGCUGAUGCUUCUUUUGCGGUUGCCGGAGGCGUCUACCAACCUGGACUGGCAGUGCCCACGAAUACCCUUCGCAGCCUCCCGAGACUUCAGUGUUAAGUACGUGGUCCCCAGUUUCUCCGCGGGAGGCCGGGUACAGGCCACGGCAGUCUACGAGGACAGUAAAAAUAGUGCGGUGUUUGUGGCCAUACGCAAUCGCCUGCACGUGCUUGGGCCUGACCUGCAGUAUAUAGAGAGCCUGACCACUGGCCCUAUUGGGGACCCUGGCUGCCAGACUUGUGCGAGCUGUGGUCCAGGCCCUCAUGGACCACCAAACGACACAGACACAUUGGUGCUAGUGAUGGAGCCGGGUUUGCCAGCCUUGGUCAGCUGCGGCUCAACCCUACAGGGCCGCUGCUUCCUGCAUGAGCUGGAGCCUCAGGGGGAAGCCUUGCACUUAGCAGCUCCAGCCUGCCUCUUCUCAGCAAGCAAUAACAAGCCUGAGGCCUGCACUGACUGUGUAGCUAGCCACCUGGGCACUCGUGUGACCGUGGUGGAGCAGGGCCAUGCUUCCUACUUCUAUGUGGCAUCUUCACUAGACCCAGAGUUGGCCGCUAGCUUUAGCCCACGCUCAGUGUCCAUCCGUCGUUUAAAGUCUGAUACGUCUGGAUUCCAACCAGGUUUUCCGUCGCUGUCUGUGCUGCCCAAAUAUUUGGCCUCCUACCUCAUCAAAUACGUUCAUAGCUUCCACUCAGGAGACUUUGUCUACUUUCUGACUGUACAACCCAUGGAUGUCAGAAGCCCUCCCAGUGCCUUGCAAACGCGUCUGGUCCGGCUCAAUGCUAUAGAGCCAGAGAUUGGUGACUACCGGGAGCUGGUCUUGGACUGUCACUUUGCACCUAAACGCCGUCGACGCAGUGGAGCCCCAAAGAGUCUACAGGCCUACCAAGUGCUUCAGGCAGCCCACUCUGCUCCAGUGGACGCCAAACUGGCUUUGGACCUGAGCAUUUCAGAGGGCCAGGAAGUGCUUUUUGGGGUUUUUGUGGCUGUCAAGGACAGUAGCUCUGGCCCCAACUCUGUUGUGUGUGCCUUCCCCAUUAACCACCUGGACAACCUGAUUGAAGAGGGGGUAGAACGUUGCUGUCACCCUUCUAAUUCUUCUCUCUUGACGAGGAGGAGAGGCCUUGACUUCUUCCAGACGCCUAGUUUUUGUCCUAAUCCGCCUGGUGCUCCCAGCUCCCGGUGCCACUACUUCCCUUUGAUGGUCCACGAUAGCUUCACACGUGUGGACCUCUUCAAUGGACUGUUAGGAUCAGUGAAGGUCACUGCACUGCAUGUGACGCGCCUUGGCAAUGUUACAGUGGCCCACAUGGGCACGGAGGAUGGGCGUAUCCUACAGGUAGGUCCUUCCCUCAGUCACCUGGUCCCGCAGUCCUGUCCCCUGCCCCUGCUAUUUUUCUCAGAGCUGACCUGUCUGUCACAGGUGGAGAUAGCCAGGUCACUCAACUACUUGCUGUAUGUGUCCAACUUCUCCCUGGGGAGCAGCGGACAGCCUGUUCACCAGGAUGUCAGCCGCCUCGGGAAUGACCUACUCUUUGCCUCGGGGGACCAGGUCUUCAAGGUGCCCAUCCAGGGCCCUGGCUGUGGUCAUUUUCUCACCUGUUGGCGUUGUCUGAGGGCACAGCGUUUUAUGGGAUGUGGAUGGUGUGGAGACCGGUGUGGCCGGCAGAAGGAGUGUCCAGGCUCCUGGCAACAGGACUACUGCCCACCUGAGAUCACUGAGUUCCAUCCCCACAGUGGACCUCUAAGGGGCACUACGAGGCUCACCCUAUGUGGCUCCAACUUCUACCUGCGACCCGAUGGUGUGGUACCUGAGGGAACACACCAGAUCACUGUGGGCCAAAGUCCCUGCCGACUGCUGCCUAAGGACUCUUCAACCCGUAGGUCAGGGUCGCAAAAGGAAUUCAUAGAGGAACUUGAAUGUGAGCUAGAACCCCUGGAGACCCAGGCCGUGGGAACCACAAAUAUCAGCCUUCUUAUCACUAACAUGCCAGCAGGCAAGCACUUCCGAGUGGAAGGCGUCUCUGUGCGGGAAGACUUCUCUUUCAUGGAGCCAAUGCUGACAUCAAUAAAACCCGACUUUGGCCCACGGGCUGGGGGUACCUAUCUCACCCUUGAAGGCCAGAGCCUGUCUGUCGGCACCAGCCGAGCUGUGUUGGUCAACGGAACUCAGUGCCGGCUGGAACAGGUCAGUGAGGAGAAGAUCCUGUGUGUCACGCCUCCUGGAGCUGGCACAGCCAGCGUCCCCCUUCGUCUGCAGAUAGGGGGUGCCGAGGUGCGUGGCUCCCGCACCUUUCACUACAAGGAAGACCCUAUUGUGUUGGACAUCAGUCCCAAGUGUGGCUACAGCGGCUCCCACGUCAUGGUCCACGGCCAGCAUCUGACUUCAGCGUGGCACCUCACAGUAUCAUUCAACGAUGGACAAAGUAUAGUGGAGAGCAGGUGUGCAGGGCAGUUUCUGGAACAGCAGCACCAGUGUCGUCUGCCUGAAUACAUGGUCCGAAACCCUCAGGGGUGGGCAACAGGGAAUCUGAGCCUCUGGGGGGAUGGGGCAGCCGGCUUCACGUUGCCUGGUUUCCGCUUCCUGCCCCCACCCAGUCUCCCCAGAACUGGCCCAGUCCUGCUGAAGCCUGAAGAGCAUUCAGUUAAGGUCGAGUAUAUUGGGCUGGGCGCUGUGGCGGACUGUGUGACGGUGAACGUGACCGUGGGUGGUGAGGUCUGCCAACAUGAGCUCCGGGGGGAUGUGGUGAUCUGCCCUCUGCCACCUUCCCUGCAACUUGGCAAGGAUGGUGUCCCGUUGCAGGUCUGUGUAGAUGGUGGGUGUCACAUCCUGGGCCAGGUUGUUCGGUCAGGCCCAGGCAGGGCUUCACAGAGGACACUUCUUAUUGCUCUUCUGGCCUUGAUCCUGCUCGUGGCUGGGCUGGCCAUCGCACUGGUCUGUAACUCCCGAAGACGGAAAAAGCAGCUAGUCCUUACUCCCAACCUGGAUGACCUGACAUCCCGGGAUCUGUCUCCCAGAGCCAUGUCCCUGUCUAUAUUCCGCUCUGGCUCUGACUACAGAAAUGGCCUUGCUUCCAGACCUCCAAACCAUGAAGAAUCUUCAGAGGGUCAGGAUGGGACAAGUGUCCCGCUGCUGCGGACAGACUCUAUCCGGCUCCAGGAUCUGGACAAGAUGCUCCUAGCCGAGGUCAAGGAUGUACUGAUUCCCCAUGAGCAAGUGGUCAUCCAUACUGACCAAGUCAUUGGCAAAGGCCACUUUGGCGUUGUCUACCACGGAGAAUACACAGACGAAGCACAGAAUCAGAUCCACUGUGCCAUCAAGUCUCUGAGUCGCAUCACGGAGGUACAGGAGGUAGAGGCUUUCCUGCGGGAGGGGCUGAUCAUGCGUGGCCUCCAUCACCCAAACAUUCUGGCUCUCAUCGGUAUCAUGCUACCCCCAGAGGGUCUUCCCCGCGUGCUGUUGCCCUAUAUGCGCCAUGGAGACCUGCUCCGUUUCAUUCGCUCCCCUCAGAGGGUCAGUGCUCAGUGUCCAGGGUGGGGGGUUUCUGCCAGCACCCACCUCUGCCGAUGCUCACCAGUCUCCUCGUGUCCCCAGAACCCCACUGUGAAAGACCUCAUCAGCUUUGGCCUGCAGGUAGCCUGUGGCAUGGAGUACCUGGCAGAGCAGAAGUUCGUGCACAGAGACCUGGCUGCUAGGAACUGCAUGCUGGACGAGUCGUUCACAGUCAAGGUGGCUGACUUUGGUCUGGCACGUGGCAUCCUAGACAAGGAAUACUAUAGUGUUCGACAACAUCGCCAUGCUCGCCUACCUGUCAAGUGGAUGGCACUGGAGAGCCUUCAGACCUACAGAUUCACCACCAAGUCUGACGUGUGGUCAUUCGGUGUGUUACUGUGGGAGCUACUAACACGGGGUGCCCCGCCCUACCCCCAUAUUGAUCCCUUCGACCUCUCUCACUUCCUGGUUCAGGGCCGCCGCCUGCCUCAGCCUGAGUAUUGUCCCGAUUCACUGUACCAGGUGAUGCUUCGAUGCUGGGAGGCUGAUCCAGCAGCACGACCCACCUUCAGAGCCCUAGUGCUGGAAGUAGAGCAGGUAGCGUCCUCACUGCUUGGGGACCACUACGUGCAGCUGACCGCAGCUUACGUGAACGUAGGCCCCGGCGCGGUGGAUGAUGGGAGUGUGUUUCCGGAACAGGGGCAGUCCUCGCCCCUGCAUCACAGGAGCACGUCAAGGCCCCGGCCCCUCUCAGAGCCACCUCUGCCCACUUGACUAAAGCCCUAAGUAGGCCACAGGAACUAGACCUGCUAAGUGGCCUUAAGCUAAUUCCAGGCUGCCUCUGGACCUAUGACAAGCUGCAGCACGUAAAAACCUCCACUCUUUAACUUUCCGAGGCUACUGAAGGUGGAAAACGGGGCUGUUUGAGCCCCUCGUUCCAGCAUGAACCAGUGUAAUUUUUGUAGCAUGUAUUUAUUUAAUGUUUGUUUUGUACCUGUUUCUGAAUACGGAGGAUCCAGCAGUGAUCACAGAGAUCCUACAGUGUAAAAUACUAUGAAUGAAUGAAUGAAUGAAUGAACAUUCAAGCACAAGUUAUGGUGUAUGCUGUGAAAGAAAGGGACAUUGAGGGAAUGGAGGAUUGCUUUAGAGAGAUGGCUAGAACGGCGAGGGAGGCAGUAGUUUUGCCGCAGCUCUUUCAGGGUGGGGAUAAUCUAUUAGAAGCUGGGUUGGGGUUACAGAUUUUGGGCAGCGUAAGUAGUAUGUGCAAAGAUUCUGUGGCUACAAAGGAGCUGGCUCAGUCCAAAGGCUCCAGAGCACAGGGAGGAUGAACGUGCCCAGAUUCAAUUAUAGGACCUUAUGACUGCUGGAUGAACCAAGCGGGUAGGUUGAUUGUCGAAGAAUGCAACAUUCAAGAUGGCUUCUUCCCGGGCUCAAACACUCCACUGCUCCUCCCUUGCCAGUUUCUCCCAGGGUCCCUAGGUAGUACACAUACAUGCACAUAUGCUGUCAUGGUAUAUAUGGACUCGCCUGCCUGCCUUCCCUGCCAGCAUUGCAUUUGCAACCUUGAGAGGGAGGAUCUCACCGAGAGGCAUCCGCUCUGCACUUGCUAGGAGCAAACUCUGAAGGCCCAGCUUCUCCAUCUAUUUAUAUUCCAAGGACACUACGCUAUAGCUACUGCUGGAGGGGCAUGUUUGUCUAGAGAAAAGGAAAGCUCCACCUCCUACUGUUUCUCUAUACUCUGAGUACCACAGGGGCUGGAGUGUUGGAGAGUCUGGGAACGGGGUAUAGGUUUCAAUAGUAACUCUCCUUUGCUUAAGCCCCCCAUUGCUUUAUCCAUUCCUCUAGCUGGAUGACACCUAGGUCUGUAAGAAAGGAAAGCUUCCUUCACGGAGUAACUUAGAAAUGUUCUGGGGCUGGAGAGAUGGCUCAGUGGUUAAGAGCACCGAUGGCUCUUCCAGAGGUCCUGAGUUCAAAUCCCAGCGACCACAUGGUGACUCACAACCAUCUGUAAUGGGAUCCGAUGCCCUCUUCUGUUGUGUCUGAAGACAGCUGCAGUGUACUCAUACAUAAAUAAAUAAAUCUUUAAAAAGUAA